AUGCCAUAUGCCAUAUGCCAUCAUGUCUGUUCCAUCAUCCACGCCAGGGGCACCCCUCGUCAUCAUGAAUCAACCACCACCACUGGAGACCACGAUCCCUUGGAAGCCUCCAGCGGAACCUGCGAAUCCUGUGGUCAAGGGUCUGCCGCUGCACUACGGCAGCAUACUGAUUACCAAGCUGGGCUUCAUACAGCAAACGCUAUGGAAUAAUGCCGGUUUCGCAUGUCUGAGAGAUCGACCCGAGUUGGAGGCUUUUGAGCCGAGAUAUGAACCGCUCGUGAUCAAGACUGGUGGUGCUACUACUACGUCGUCGUCGUCGUCAGCUUCGGCUUCGGCUUCGGCUCCGAACGAGGGCGACUAUCUCCUGUCGCUGCAGCGUGAGGAUUGGGAGAGUCGGAGGCCUGUAGCGAAGACUCAUUGGAGCGUACUGGAUUAUCACCAUGCUUAUGUUGCGGGAGAGCUCACGCCUACCGCGGUUGCGAAAGCUUUAUUGCCGUUGAUUAAUCGUGAUGUGCAGAAACCGCAUCAGCACUCGACGGCGUACUUGCAAGUCCGGGAAGAUCUUGUGCUGAAGGCGGCUGGAGAGAGCACGAAGAGAUAUGCGGAGGGAAGGUUCUUGAGCGUGCUCGAUGGCGUGCCCGUGGCUGUGAAGGAUGAGAUGGAUCUCAGUGGCUAUUCCAAGUGCUUUGGCUCCAAGAUUGACUACACCCGUGCAGACGAUGCUACGAGCUAUUGUGUUCAGAAAUGGCUGGACGCGGGUGCCAUGGUCGUUGGUAAGACCACGAUGCAUGAAAUGGGUGCCGAUACGACAAACAACAACCCCAACUUUGGCACUCCUCUCAACCCCUACAACGAGAAUUACUACACAGGGGGAAGCUCUGGCGGCUCUGCCUACAGUGUUGCUGCUGGCCUCACUCCUCUGUGCGAGGGCAACGAUGGCGGUGGCAGCAUCCGACUCCCAGCCAAUUACUGUGGAGUCUUUGGACUGAAGCCGUCUCAGGGACGAAUCUCUGGUCGCCCUUCCACCAACCUGGCCAAGAGCAAUGGAGUCUCGGGUCCCAUCGCUGCCAACAUGAUCGACCUCGAGAUUGGCUACCGCAUCAUGGCCCAGCCAGAUGCUCUCGACCCCACCUCCUGUCUCUUCACUCCACCCGGCUCCGUCUCGAAGAAGAAGCCAUUAUCCAGCACUCCGAAACUGCUCGGGAUCUACAAGCCCUGGUUCGACCGAGCGGACCCCAUCGUCAAAUCUACGUGUCAGGCCUCCAUCGACCACCUCACCACCCAUCAACAGUACCAGACUAUCGACAUUUCCAUUCCUCUCCUCCCCGAAGGCCAACUCGCCCACGCCAUGACCAUUCUCGCCGAACUCGCCACCGGCGUGUCCGCGUCCGAUCAACAUCUACUCACUCCCGCCAACAAAGUCCUCAUAUCGGUCGCCCGCAAAACCACAGCCGUCGACUUCUUACAAGCCCAACGUCUUCGGAACUUACUCAUGCAACAUCUCGCCCAUCUCUUCCACCUCCACCCAGGCCUCAUCAUCGUCACCCCGACCACGCCGAACGCGGGUUGGAGAAUCGGAGCCGGAGAUUUAUCAUAUGGAAUCUCCGAUGCCAACCAACAAGUCCGCAAUAUGGAAUAUGUCUGGUUGGCCAAUUUCACGGGUUGUCCCGCUCUUACCGCGCCAGUGGGAUAUCAUCAUCAUCCACAUCCACAUGAUAAAGAUGAGGGGAUAGUCCCUAUCGGGCUAAUGGGUAUGGCGGAGUGGUGUGAAGAGGAUGCGUUGUUGGAAUUCGGCUAUCAUCUCGAGGAGUAUUUGAGAAAUGAUCGAGUGAGGCCAAAGGUGUGGGAAAAUGUAUUAGAACUGGCUGGUAAACGGGAAGAGUAGUAGUAGAAGAAGUAUAGAGUCGGUCUGUCUGUUUGUCUAGUAUUCAGUCAGGUCAAAAAAGUCUUGUAAACAGACGCUGGCUUCAUUGUCUCUGAAACUCUUCUUCAUUCCCUAAUUACUUUCUACCCUA